AUGGAGGCAGACCGCGUUCCAGAGGCGGACUUUCGACCCACCGAGAGGUUCGACACGCUGAUGGAGGUUUUCCGCUUCAUCACCGAAUGCAACGACGGGCGUGGAUUGUCCAACGACAGCACCGUCUGGCUGCUGAAUCUACUGAGGGAGGAACGUCUAAACCUUGCGCUGCUCCAACACUGGCACACCCUGCAUGCCGCCGUGCAGUAUGGCAUGUCUCAGCUCAUGGCGACACGCGAGUAUGAAACCCACACGUUUACCCUGCCGAACUGGGCCACACCCUUCGAGGUCACGGCGACCAGUGGUAAAGAGGUUGUCCUAGAGCUGCUACGGAACCCCGCCAACGCGGAGGAGUUCGUUCUCUUUCCACGUGAAGAGAACUCAGGGGCUGGUCGCAUGUACUCCACACCUAAGACAACUACUUAUUGGGAGGAAGCCCAGCGUGCUGCGGUGGCGAUGUUCGGCGAAGGGACGGUUGUGAUUCCCCUCAUCCUCUCCAGCGUCGCCACCAUGCUAAGCGGAAACGAGCGUACCAAGGUGUGGGCGGUGUACAUCAGCAUCGCCAACAUCCCUCUCUACCGCCAUUGGCAAGAGUGUGGCAAGCUGUUGUUGGAGAUGUUGCCGUUUCCGCCGAGCCAGAUGAGCUCAACCGAGAAGACGGCGUUGUUCCAGGCCGCGAUGAAGAUCGUGCUGGCCGACCUCAUCGUGGCGUCACACACGGGCAUGGCGGCGACGGAUCCCAACGGGGUCACGCGAUUUGUGGUGCCGCUUCUAUUCUCCUGCGUGGCCGACUACCCGGAGACCUGCAAAGUGUCAUGCACCCAGCAGCUCGGAUCUGUGAGGCCCUGCUCCCUCUGCUAUGUGCAGCGUGAGCACCUCCGUGACAUGGACCGAGAGGCAGCCGAGAUGAGGACUGUGGAAAAGCAGGAAGGACUGCUCGAUGACCCAGCAGAGGCCGCCCUCUACGCGACCAUGCGCGUUCCGAGUUUCCUGUGGGACUUCAACUUCAGCCGAACGGUAUGGGGCAACACAUACCUGACGAUGGGGCCCGACAUUCUGCAUGCAAUCUUCAUCGGCUGGUGGCUUUACAUCCGUGACGCGCUGCGGGGCAACAACGACGAGGCCGCUACCAAGGAUGGGUAUGCGGACAUCUCCACGCACAGGGCUGUCCCACUUGCCACAAUCUGCACCAGCACCGAAGAUGUUGAUCCAUGUGCUGGCCACAUUCUCUGUUGCAUCGUGUGCAGGCGCCAGGCAGAAAUGUACCCCGAUGCGAGACUCGCUGGCAUCGCCGUGCCCGGAUCUGGCAACUACUGGGCGAGUGGGGCAAACUACACGGCGUCAGAGCACGCCACGGUCAUGAUGCCCCUCAUACGUGGCGCAUUACAUCCUUGCCCGCCAUCCACCAUCAUGUACAUCCAUCCCAUUCAGGCCAUCGCCACGGGCACCCCACAGCUGACGAGGGCUAGCAGGUCGCUCACCAGCGCUCCCCAUGUUGGCGAGCCAGCGGGCUCGGUGUUCGAGGAGCUGAACACGGCGCUAGGCGGGAUCCUUGCCACAUACGACGGUGCCAUGCGCGCGGCAUGCUUACGCCCCUUUCCAGCCAAGGAGGUGGAGGUGGCUAUUAUCCAGAGGCUGGUGGAUGUGGGGCUGGACGCUCAUACUGGCUGCCGCACGCUCUCUGCUCCAUCGGCAAUGGGGGGACUGGCGGUCAUUGAGGUGGCUGCCAUCCGUCGCGCCGUUCACUGCGUGCCCUCGUUCGAGCGGCAAGGGAUUUGGUACCUGAACCGAUGGGCGUACAGGUGCACUGAGAGCCUCACUUGA